CCAGUUGCGUGAUGCUCAGCUCCCGGUUGGACAGGAACUCCAGCACCAGCCGCACCACCUCCGCCUCCUCCAGGCACAGGACCUGGAUGAUAAACUGCUGCCACUGGUUGCUCGGAUCAAGCAUGACAAAGGAAUUAGCGGAGAAUGUCAGCUGGCUAUGCUGAAGACGACGUUCGCUGCUCGGAGUGGAGAUACGUGGGCUUUGAAACUGGUCACGGCAAAUGGCGCCUUUCCCAAUGGAAUGUACGAAGGUGGCUUCGCAAAUUUGGGCAGCCGGGACCAGUGCCUGCACACGGACUCUGCGAUGGGAAUCAAAGGGCGUUACUGCACGCUCUUCUGGAGGCCCAACACAGACUACCUACUCAAGGUGUUUCCGGUCACCGACCAACACGACCCCCGCCAAGACAUCCGCCGGUGGUUGAACAACACUCGAGAGAGGUUCCACGUCGGCAUGCGGUCGGGGAUCUGCGUCCCGUCACCCUGUCAAGAGCAAGAUAUGGACCGUCUGGCUUCCUCUUUUGCCUCCAUCUACGGAGCUUCCGCCUUUGUGCGCUAUUGCGAAGUCGCCGAGGAUUCUUCGAAGCUCAAACCACUAGAGCGUGGUAUUAUAAUCUUUUUUUCUACCAUGGUCGGCAUUGUUGUACUGAGUACAAUCACUGAGCUCAUCUUAAAGUCGUUUUCGAUUGAGGGCACCAAAAGACGAGUUCCGGUUUGGAAGAGAGCCCUGGUGAGUUACUCAGCCGUGUCGAACACGAAGAAGCUGCUCGACCUGAGCACACCCAGCUCCGACAGCAAAAGACUCCGCUUUCUUCACGGCGUCAAGUGCCUGAGCGUUCUCUGGGUGGUCAUGGCGCACGCCUACUACUGCAUACAACCCGAUGCCAUCGAUUCUGUUUUUAGGGCAGUUGAAUCGACAGAAUCGUUCCACUUUCAAGUGGUUGCGAACGGGUUCCUCUGCGUGUCUACUUUCUUUUUCGUAAGCGGAUUCCUGCUAAGCUACACAAUGCUCAAGAGGCGAGAAUCACUUAUAAAAACAAGUCCAUUACCUCAAGUUGCCAUCCCCAUACUACGGAGAUUUGUCAGAACGACAAUACCGGCUAUGGUUGUCAUACUCGCAUUGCUUCUGAUGCCAUGCUUUGUAAAAGGUCCAGUUGCUCAACAACUUUUGUCCAAGUAUUACGAUGGUUGCUACAGAAACUGGUGGACAGUGCUGCUUCACAUCAACAACUUCAACAGAUAUGAAGACAUUUGCUUGGAUCAUUACUGGUAUAUCAGCACCGACAUGCAGCUGUUCGCGACGGCCGUGGUCAUUUGUGUUUUAAUGACAAGACACGUCAAGUUGGGCGUUGCCCUACUAAUUAUAUUGAGCGUUGCUUGCGCUAUCGUUGUCUUCGUUCAAACGUUUGUCAACAAUUAUCAGCCGCUCAUUCUGUUCUGGAAUCCAGACUAUGACAAAUCUACAGAGACGGGAGAAAAAAUAUACGCUUUGCCGUUCGUACAUGCUGGCUCAUUCUUCAUUGGCGUACUGUGUGGGCUCUUCACGUUGAAUCGAGGGAGCCUCCACAUCGCGAAGCCGAUCCAAGGUUUCCUGUGGACCGUCUCGCUGGCCUGCAUGACGUUCAUGGUGUUCUGCAGUUGGCCCUGGAACAACAUGAAAUUGCCGUCGAGAACCGGGUCCGCGUUGUACUCGCCGCUGCACAAGGAUGCCUGGGCGCUGUCCCUCUUCUGGAUCACGUUCGCCUGCGCUACGGGCCGAGGAGGUAUCGUGAACGGCUUUCUGUCUUGGAGGGCUUUCGUGGUACCCAGCCGGUUAACCUACUCAGUGUAUCUGAUACACUACCUCGUGUACCUGGCAAGAUCCGGUGUUUCUACUGUACCUCUGCAACUACACGAGUUUUUGCAGUUCAAGGACUUCCUGGGCGUGGCCGUGCUCAGCUACCUGCUUGGUUACCUGCUCUACCUGAUCGCGGAGGCUCCCGCUGCCAACAUUGAGAAGAUCUUGCUGGGCGGAAGAAAGGAGGGAGUGGAGGCGAAAGCGAGCGCGAUUCGUGCCCCUGAUGUCGAGAACGGUAAAAUCCGGGCCGAUUGUGUCCCCAAUCCCGAAUCGCAAAGCAAGUUGUGAAGAUGUGUAGCAAAAUUGGAUUAUUAUUAUUAAAAAUUAAGUGAAAA